AUGUGUGUAUUAUGUCUAUAUUAAAGAUGAAGCAACUGAGUCUGAGAUAUAUUUGCUUGCCUAGGGUCCCUAAAAAUUCAGGGCUGAGAUGCAGUUUGAAGCAGGGAGCUCCCAGUCCAAUUCAUUUAACCAACACCCUACCUCGGGGUAAACCUCCUGACUUUGCCCCUUUUUAACAUGUCCAUCAUCUUGGUGUUCUUUGUAGGGGAAGAAUACGGCUUGUGUGUUGAAAUUUAUCACACCUACAGAGAACAUGGGGCUGAUGGGAGGAUCCAAAAUUAUGGAGAACCGGACAAGACUAACUAAAACGGACCUCUACUCCAGACUGAACUUGCCACCAGGCUUCGAGCCCAAGCAAGAUCUGAAGGAUAGCACCAAUUUAGUGGAGGUGCAGAUCGUCCUCAUCUGUGCCUACUGCGUCAUCAUUUUGCUCGGGUUAGUGGGCAACUCCUUGGUGAUUCACGUGGUGAUCAAGUUCAAGAGCAUGCGCACAGUGACCAACUUCUUCAUUGCCAACUUGGCCGUGGCCGAUCUGCUGGUGAACACGCUCUGCCUGCCAUUCACAUUAGUUUACACAUUGCUGGGAGAAUGGAAGCUGGGUUCUGUGCUGUGCCACCUCGUGCCGUACGCCCAAGGCCUUGCCGUUCAGGUAUCCAUAGUGACGUUGACUGUGAUAGCCUUGGACCGGCACCGCUGCAUUGUGUAUCACCUCGAGAGCAAAAUUUCCAAGAGGAUCAGCUUCUUGAUCAUUGGGGUGGCCUGGGCUGUCAGUGCCAUCUUGGCCAGUCCUCUGGCUAUCUUCCGGGAGUAUUUCUCCAUUGAGCUCAACCAGGACUUGAAGAUGGUGGUCUGCGCUGAGGCCUGGCCCAGGGAAGGGCUGGUCAAUUAUGGCACCAUUUACAGCGUCUUGAUGUUCCUGAUCCAAUAUGUCUUGCCUCUGGCCAUCAUCUCCUAUGCCUAUAUCCGUAUCUGGAGUAAGCUAAAGAACCACAUCAGUCCUGGGGCGGCGGGGGACCAUUACCACCAGAGGCGUCGGAAAACUACCAAGAUGCUGGUGUGUGUCGUGGUGGUGUUUGGGGUCUGCUGGCUGCCCUUCCACAUCUUUCAACUUGUCAGCGAUAUUGACGGCAGCGUGUUGCAUUUGCAGGAAUACAAACUGAUCUACACACUCUUUCAUGUCAUUGCUAUGUGCUCCACUUUUGCCAACCCACUCCUCUAUGGCUGGAUGAACAGCAACUACAGAACAGCUUUCCUGACUGCUUUCCGGUGUGAACAGCGGCUGGAUUCCAUCCACCCAGAGGUAUCGCCUGCACUGAAAGCCAAGAAAAAGCUGGAAGCCAAGGAGGAGCAUUGCAGUGGACCCCCGUUUUCUCAGCCUACAAGUGUCUAGGGGGGGGGGUCAAACUAGAUGUGGCAGUGGGCGUACACAUACACAUAUCCGUCGCUCUUUCUCUUUUUGCAGCUAACAGGUAUGGUGGCGAUAUGGAUUGGGACCAGGGGCAGAGGGGGAGAAAAGCCAUUUAACCUUUCCCUUGUGCCAUCUUCCUGAUGGAAAUUGCUCCUCCCAGCUGGCAUUUGCCCUGAUAGGAAAAGCAAAGGUGCAAGUAGCAGAUGGUGGGGCCAGGGGGUCAUGAGUAGGAAAACAAUGCAGGCAGAAAGGGUUAAGCCCCUUUCCCUUGUGGCUCUGGCCCAAUCCUCACCCAAUUUGCAUUUGCAUUUAAAGAGAGAGAAGUGCAUUCACACAUCUCUAUUGCACUUCUUGUUUGACCCCAAGAAAGCAGUGAAGCUGGACAAGGAAUGUGAGUGAGCGCCAGGGGAAAUAGUUUCAUGCUGAUGCAUUGUUGGAUGUGCUCAGAUGUACUGUUGACUCAUAUAAAUCUUAUGAACUGGGUGCAAUUUGAGAACAUUUCCAAGGCCAUUUGUCAUCAAGUAUAAUGUCAACUCCAAAGAACUAUAAAAGACUAAGCCAGUGUUUGGUUGCGUACAGUGAAUUCAGAAGCACAGCCAGCAGUAACGCAGAAGAAACGGGUUGGCCAUUGUCAAUGCACAUUUUAAAAAGUGGAGGAGAUAAGACAUUGGUAGUUGGAGGCAGAUGACAAUAAACAUUUGACUGCUUGGAACAUUGCACAGUCCUUUUAGGCCACAGGAUCAAACUACCCUCUAGUGGCAAAGCUGCAAAUGGCUGUUGAAGUUCAAACUUGCUGCAUCUUCCUUUCUGAAAGAAGUGGGUUUCCUAAAAGACUUUACAUGAAAGAUGUGUUUCCCUAUUGAAGUUAGAAACAAGGUCAGUGAAACACCUACUUUUUAGCCAUUUGCAAUGAAGCAAUGAAAUUCUGGAAGGGCAAACCACAGAUUUCAAGAUUAGGCUUCUAUUAGCACCACACUUGAAGUUUGUAUAAUGAAAGUGGUACCCAGCUUGGUAUUGUGCAAUCAGUUACUGAUGGAUUGAGCACCUGCAAGGCAUCCUGUGAACCCUGUGUGCCAGCUUGGCCCUGUGACCGUGGAUUCCUGGGGCCGUAGGUGACAUGCAGCGUGCAUGGCCCUGGCACUGAAAUUUAUGGGUGCCCAGCCCUUUCAUGGGGAAUUUUGUGGGUGCUUGGGCACCCAGGACCUCAGGAAGUUUGCACUUAUGCUGUGAACUGUUUUUUAAGUCCUUUUUGGGAAGGAGAAGGUCAGGGGGGGGGAGAGUUUUACAUUAAAGUGGUCCAAACUUUUCUGCAAUUGGUUCUGACAGAAGUGGACAUUUCUUUGUUCCUUUACAAUGAUUUUGUGCUAUUCAUCCGCUCACCAAUAGCACCAUGCUUAUUUCUUCUGCUAAUUUAUUUUAGCAGAGACCAAAAACUAGCCCUCUCAAUGAUCCUAGCGCUCAGCUAUUUUGCAGUUCUGUCUUGUACCCCUUCCCUCUGCCUUUUCAGACCAGUGUUGCAAAAAAUUUAACAGGAUGCACUGGGGGGGGGGCUGCGGUGCCAAUUCAUGGUUUUUCAAACAUUUCAGUUAAAAAUCUGAGCCUGCCAAUGGGAAAAUUAGUAAUGGAUGAGGAACUAAGAAGUAAAGCAAGUGUACUGGUGUGGAUCCCUGUUUUAUUCUCAAGGCAAGUCUGGGUAUUUUGGGUGCAUACAUACCUUUAUAUGAGGAAACUGCAAAUGCUUGAACUUUCAGGUAUCUUAUAGUCUGACCCAUACCUGAGUGAUUGAAGGCAAUCCUGUUUGUUCUCAGUGGUGUUAAAUUGACUCAGAUAUUAGUAUUCAUUUUAAAUGGAUUGCAGAUUGAGCUGCUGGCACUGUUAACACAUCAAGCUUGAAACUCUUCCUGCUUU